CCCAGUCACUGAGCCGCCGCCGAGGACUCAGCAGCCUCCCCCUUGAGCCCCCUCGCUUCCCGACGCUCCGUCCCCCCCGCCCGCCUUCUCCCGCCGCCGCCGCCUUCCGCAGGCCGUUUCCACCGAGGAAAAGGAAUCGUAUCGUAUGUCCGCUAUCCAGAACCUCCACUCUUUCGACCCCUUUGCUGAUGCAAGUAAGGGUGAUGAUCUGCUUCCUGCUGGCACUGAGGAUUAUAUCCAUAUAAGAAUUCAACAGAGAAACGGCAGGAAGACCCUUACUACUGUCCAAGGGAUCGCUGAUGAUUACGAUAAAAAGAAACUAGUGAAGGCGUUUAAGAAGAAAUUUGCCUGCAAUGGUACUGUAAUUGAGCAUCCAGAAUAUGGAGAAGUAAUUCAGCUACAGGGUGACCAGCGCAAGAACAUAUGCCAGUUCCUGGUGGAGAUUGGACUGGCUAAGGACGACCAGCUGAAGGUUCAUGGGUUUUAAGUGCUUUUGGCUCACUGAAGCUUAAGUGAGGAUUUCCUUGCAAUGAGUAGAAUUUCCCUUCUGUCCCUUGUCACAAGUUUAAAAACCUCACAGCUUGUAUAAUGUAACCAUUUGGGGUCUGCUUUUAACUUGGACUAGUGUAACUCCUUCAUGCAAUAAACUGAAAAGAGCCAUGCU